UACACCACGCGGCCUUGGCCAAUGAGGAAGUAUACAUGCACGAUAUAUUCACAUAAGAGGACACAACAGAUCGAUCAAAAUAUUUGCGCCAGAAGAACAACUCAAAGUAUUGCAUUCACAGUGCCUGCCGGGGUACAUUGAUGAUGCGCUGCACCGGAUAACGCGGGACCAGGCAUGGUGUGUAUUUUCAUCAAUGCAAGCUGUACAUGUAGACGAAGAAAUGCGUGUUGUUAGACAAAGGAGUCUGUGGUGGAGAAUCGCCAUCCUGAGCCUGGCUGCCAUGGCCCUCGUGCAACUGGUCUAUCUUAUCCACGAAAACAGGAGGGAGCUCUACCAGAAGGUCUGCCGGUUCGACCUCUGGAAUAAUCAUGAGAUCACUCCUGUCAACCACACAUCCGGUAAACUGGAGUUCCCGCGCCUGUACGAGAUUCCAGCGUGUGGCCCAAAGAAGAAUUCCUCCACCUCGAAAGACAUGUGCAGUAACCUAGGUGCGAUAAUGCGAGAGUCUGACCGACAAGCCUUCCUCCGCCUUCUCCAGUAUUUCGACAAAGUAGCGACCGAAUACAACUGGACAUAUUUCAUGGCCUUCGGGACCCUCUGGGGCUCCUGGCGUCAUCAUGACGUCAUCCCGUGGGAUCAUGAUGUUGAUAUCAUGGUGGAGUACAAUGAACGGAUAGAUAUGGUGGAUAAAAUUGAGGCCUUUCAGGAGCGAUUUGUGCCUAAGCAAUGUUCGCAUCAUAAAGUCAGAUUACACGACAGGGAAUACAUAACGGGGACGACAUAUCUCCAGGAUGUUGGCCGAUGGUACGACCCGUCAAUUGACAUGUUCUUUUUCACCAGAAACACAACACACAUAAUGCGCUCAGAUUACCCGGAACAAUACGUGCAUAAACUAGAAGACAUAUUUCCACUUCACAGGCGUCCCCUAUCGACACUCCAAUUAUUUGCACCACGUGACCCUCUUAAGUUCCUUAUGCAAUAUUAUUCCGAGGACAGUAUGGAUACAUGUGGAAAGUACAGUUUCCCAAAAUGUGAGGAUUAUAAAGAAUUUUUACCUUUCGUUCACAGAAAGUGGAAAAAUAAUCAAAUGGAAGAAUCGUUGAUAUUAAAUGGAAAGGUUUUGCAGGUGAAGGCCGUGGCCGAAAUUAGAGAGAGUAUUCCCUUUAAUCCAUAUACUUUGGCCUCUAUGAGAUUUCCAAAUAAGAUACGGUUAUCGAAGUUUUCUCAUCCCGAAGACAAGACUGACUCGAAGCCUGCUCCAAAAGCAAGCCUUGCUCCAAAACAACACUCUUGAUUGUGUCGUGACCAAGUGAUCCGAGCUGUAAGAGCACAGUCACUAUUUACUUCAAAUAUUGGUAUAUGGCACAGGGACUAAAUGUUCUGUCUUUUAGCAAGUACAACCGGUAAGACUCAUCAGAGAAAGGAGAUCUUCUGUGGUUGCAACCCAAGUCUUAGGUUAACCGAACCGGUCAUAUGGUGCACAUGACAUCCAAAAACCGGGUCUCCAUACACCUUCGAUUUAUUUGGGGGCUCAAAUCUGAACUCUUCAAGGAGUGUAAAGUAAUCGGAAGAGCCACCUGUCCCAACGGAUUGUAGGCUACUGGAUUUUGUCAGGGUUUUGUAGACGAUGUAGGAGAAUCAAAAAUCUGUAUCUCACGGUUUUAAUCUCGGGGAGAUGUUGUUUCAGUGAAAAGUAUUUUUGUAAAUAAUAUCAUUAUUACCAGUAUACGUUGUUCUUUUAAGCGGCAAAUAACCGCCAAAUUAUAAUAAUAUGA